GCAGCACAGGCCGCCGAGCGCAGCCGGGCCGCCGCAGCUGAGCUGAGGAGAUGUCCAUCGACGCAGUUCUUUGACGUCUGCGACGGCCGUAGUUUGAAUUUCUGGUACCACCUGAGUUCGAAAAUAAAGCAACCAGCGACCACGAUGCGCGCCGACGUCAGACCGCCGCUGCCUCUGCUGCUGCUGCUGCUGCUGGCGACGUGGGCUCCCCUAGCGGCUGCUAGGAGCACCUCGCUCCGAGCCACGUCGGCUGAGCGGCGGGCGGCGCAGGCGGAGCCGCGCACGGGCAUCACGGUGUCGGCGCAGGUGUCGGCGUCGCCGCAGCGGCCGUACGUGGUGUGGUGGGAGGGCGCGACUGCCGACUACUGGCUGUGCCUGUGGGACCGCGACCCGCGCGCCGGCGACGCCACGCCGCUGGCGCGCCUCGACCUGGGCGCCGGCCAGGCCGACCAGAGUGGCUGGUGGGACACCGGCAUCGCCGCCGCAGACUCGCACUCCGAGCCGCCCAGCUACGAGGCGACGGACCUGGGCCGGUGGGCGGGGCUGGUGCCGCGGUCCGCGGGCGACGUGUCGUCGUCGGCGGUGGGCGUGUCCUCGCUGGCGACGCGGCCGCGCUGGAUGGAGCAGAGCCGCGCGCAGCUGGGCCCGCUGCCGCUCACGGCGCUCUUCCUGCCCGGCACGCACGACUCGGGCGCCUACAAGCUGUUCAGCGCCGCCGACGCCGCCGCCAGCGCCGCGCUGCCCAGGGAGACGCUCAUCGACAAGUACUCCGUGGCUCAGGAGGAGUCUGUGCUGUGGCAGCUGGCGUUCGGAGUGCGCUACCUCGACCUGCGCGUCGCCUACUACCCGCUGACGGACGAAGUGUGGUGGCUGAACCACGGCCUGGUGCGCUUCCGGCCGCUGGCCGACGUGCUGCAGCAGGUGCUCACCUUCGUCCAGAACACCCAGGAGGUCGUCGUGCUCGACUUCCACGAGUUCCCCGUCGGCUUCCGGCAGCAGGGCCGCCGGCUGGGCAGCGUGCACGACCAGCUCGUGGCGGAGCUGCGCACGCAGCUGGGGGCCGUGGCGGCGCCGCCCACGGCCGGGGGCGGCGGCUGGGCGGCUACGCUGGACCAGCUGUGGGCCGGCGGCCGGCGCCUCGUCGUCUCCUACAACGACGCCACCACCGUGGCCGGCAACGCCGACUUCCUGUGGAGCGCCGUCUCGCAGAAGUGGGGCGACGUGCGCACGCUGGACGACCUCCACGACUACCUGCAAGGCCUCUACCUCAGCCCACCAACUGGGCCAUGGGCGGCGAUGGCUGAGCUGACGCCCAACACCAUGGAUGUCCUGCUCGACCGCCUCGGUGGACUCCGCAAGAUGGCUGACCUCGUUAAUAAAAAUGUCACUGCCUGGUACCGUGGAAAGUGGGGACAGACAGUGAAUGCCGUGGCAGUCGACUUCUUCCAAGGAACGGCUAUUGUGGAGGCCGCCAUCGACUGGAAUCUUCAACGUGCUGCAGAGGCCCGGAAGGCCAAUGUCACACUUCCGCUAUGUUCCUCAGCACCGGGAAGGACAGGAGAGCUGUGUCCCUCAACACCGGGAAGGCAUCUAUGAUGACAUGGGCGUAAAGUGCCAGAGACUGUUCCUCAGUUUCUGUGCCUCCUACAGACAGUUCCUAUAUCCCCUAAAUGCUAACGUGGACAGAAAGUGGGAAACCACAUCACUUCAAGACGGUGACUGGCACAGUUCUGUGCACUGCCUACCAUAACUGUACAGCAAAAUAGCAACAGAGAGCAAACAUCAUAAUAGUGCUAUUAGAUAUUCUGCCACAUCUGUGACCUAUUAGAUAUUCUGCCACAUCUGUGACACCACUGUCAUAUCGUGCAGCCACAUCUUGCAACUCUGACAGUUUUGAGUGAUCUAGUAUUACGCAAUGACAUGAAAACAUGGCCGUACUUUGUGGUACCUCAGAUUAAUGUUCCUGAUUGUUUGGUUACCUUGAAGAUAAGGGAUUGAAUUCACCAUUUUCUGCAUUGUAUGAGAAUCGGAGGAUAAAUCUUGUGCAUAUCUACUUAAUGAGCUAUGUCUGCAUAGCUGCAGCAGGAUAAAAUGAUAAUUCGUGUAACGUAUCAUCCAUAUGUUUGUAUGAGUUACCAGACAUUAAUUACAUUAUAAGAAACAAAUGAAACUGGGUUUCUUUUUACAGUACUUGCAUGUUAUACCUAGCAACGACUGUCAUGAGGAAAACAGACCUUAUUGAGAUAAAAGUAAAAAUUAGAAGAAAACUAAAUAGAGUUUGAUAUCAGUUUUCUACUGAAAAGCUCAAACGCUAAAGGCUCUAACUGUUACAACUCCUGACAAUAUAUGUUAAACUCAUUCUUAAUGUUUACAGUCUGAUGCGGCCUUCAAACACAGAAGUUUCAGAGCAUUAAAUAGUUGUUUCUCUAGGUG